AUGUCGUCUUCUGGGAAUCAACAGAAGCGUAAUGGUUUGACUCAUUUUCUCUCUGGAGCCUCGAGCGGAUUGAUCACUUCGGCGACACUACAACCAUUGGAUCUACUGAAGACAAGAAGACAACAAGGAACUCAUGGAUCGUUAGUCGAGACAUUCCAUCAUGUCGUCAAAACACCCGCUGAUGUGGUCAAGUUGUGGCGAGGAACACUCCCGUCCACCAUUCGAACUGGCCUUGGAUCGGCAAUGUACUUUGCAUCCCUCAAUCAUAUGCGACAGUACUUCUCACGACAUCCCAUAGCACCGGCAACUGAAUCAUCAGGCAAGAACGCAAGUGCAUUGCCGAGGUUAUCGAAGACGGCGAACCUUACUACGGGAGCUUUUGCAAGGGCAGCAGUUGGAUUUAUCAUGAUGCCAAUCACGAUCAUCAAAGUACGUUAUGAGAGUAAUUACUAUUCGUACUCAAGUAUGAUGCACGCGACAAAAGAUAUUCUCAAGAAUGACGGGAUGAAGGGAUUUUUCUACGGAUUCGGAGCAACGGCGAUUCGGGAUGCACCAUACGCUGGAAUCUACGUUUUGUUCUACGAGCAAUGUAAGCUUUGGCUGACGCCAAUAAACACGACAGGUAGCAAUGAGGCAAGUGCUUCAAAAGCGGUGGUGAACAUGACUUCUGGAGUCAUCGCGGGAGUUUCGGCAACCGUCAUUACCAAUCCGUUCGAUGUGCUGAGAACACGAAUGCAGGUCAGACCGCAGGAUUACAGAAAUACUUGGCAGGCGGCGCGAAAGCUGAUAGUCGAGGAUGGAAUGAAGGUAUUUGGUGACGGAAUGGGACUGAGAGUGGCGAGAAAGGCAUUGAGUUCUGCAAUUACAUGGACGAUUUACGAGGAACUGGUACGAUGGUCAGAAAAGACCUCGCAGGAAUUGAUAGGAUAA